AUGGUGCGAUGGUCAGCGAUGCUGCUUGUCACGAUGCUGGCGGACGUGAUGAGAGGAUGGGGAGGAGGGACAGGGAUCAUGGAGAGAGGACAAGACAUGCUGGUUGGAGCAGGAGCACCUGCUCCUGCUCCUGCUCCUGCUCCGUUCUUGGACUUGUUGAAAAAGAACGACGAGUGGGCUACCAUUCGCGCCUCCAUGACCAACUUGGAGCAGGAGUCUUCGCUCUCCAUGGUUGAACUCCUCAGUUUUCUUCGCAACGGCACCAAUGGAACAAGAUCUAAGGAGCUGGUCAAGGACUUCUUCGAUCCUAAAGGAAAGUUUGUGCGAUCUUGCCGUACAGAGAUCGAGCAACGCCGGACUCUUGUCUUGAAGCAUCCCUCCAUGCUUUCAUGGUGGUUGCCAUCUGUUGCUCUUGUUUUCAUUGUUCAGCUCGAAGAACAAUUCAUCGUGUACUGCGACAGAAAGGAGAGCAAUAAGGAUUCUGCCUUCAAGUUCCCACAUGUGUACGCCAGUGCCGCUCAGAUCAGCAACCAUGCUUUUGUCCAUGAAUCCUUCCGGUCCUGGUUUGGAGUCCUGCCAGAAAAGCUUGUCCUCCUCAACCCGCCUGAAGACCCACACCUGCUCUCCUCCAGCAGACUUUUUUAUGUGAAACUGCCACGUCCAGUACUGGGGAGCGAAGUGAUUGGGGUCGUAGCCAGCCGAUCAAACCAUCUGUAUGUCUUUCAAGCUGACAUCCCAACGUUGGCAGGACUGAGCAUGCCAUCUCUGCAUGAGAAGGCUCGAGAGCUGAUGCUGAUGAGGAAGGGGAUGCUGAACAUGCGAGGAGUGAAACCUCCUGCUGGGUUCGACGUUGACCCGAAGAGGAUCGCUGAGUUUGUGCAGAACCGCUCUGAGCACAAGGCCCCUGUACGUGUCAGUCUUGGGGAUGUAGCGCAUCGAGGAGGAGAGACGAGGAGACAGAGGCAUGAACGAUCGCUGAUCGACUGGUUUGCAGACCAACUGCCAACGUGCUAUAACCUGGUGAAGGGACUCAGGAAGGGGAGGUGCUUUGCGAUCACGCUGGAGAGGGAAAUGAAGCAAGCGAGCGGGAGGCAAGGGCACAACAGCAUGUGGCAGAGCGUGUUCUCUACUUUCAUGAACGCCCUCCUUCCCUCGAAUACAAGGAUGAAGUUCGUUGGGAUCGUCGCACGUGCGGCCAACGGUUCUCAGGUUUUCUUCAUUCCUUCCAACAUGUCGAAAGUGUCCGCAUCGCGUAUCCUCACUUACGUGCCCGAGCAAAGUGAAGAAACAGCAGGAACAAUGCCAAAGAGGAAGAUCCUAACGGUCUCUACCAUCUAUGCAAAGAUGGGGUACAAGCUGUCGUACCCGAACUUGCCAUGUGUGGUGGUAGAAUCCUCGAACAAGACAGACAAAAGGUGGCAAUUCGAUUUCUAUCCGAUGGAGUGUUGCAAGAUUGUGCUGGAAGAGGAAGGUUCCGAGAGAUUCAAAGGCGGGAGGGAGUGGAUCAGGCAAUCGGAUGCUGAUUACUUCAGCAUCACAAAAUUGCAUCGAGACUUCUUGAGGAAUGGCGAUGAGAAGAUUUUCGAAAUCUUGCAACCUCCUGGGGAGAUUUUUGCACCCGCCAGAGGGCCCUGGGUUCCUUGCGACGAGAACGAGAAGCCUUGGGAGGGAAAUUGGACGAAUUUGGAGGACGGGGAAGAAGGCGAUGCAAACAUGAAGAAAUUUGUAGGUCCCGAGCGCAUUGUACAGAUAAGAAGCCACAAGGAUUUGGAAGCAAUAUGGAGAGCUCAAGAGAAGGCAAAGAAGGAGGGGGGCGAGGGCGAGGACGAGGACGAGGACGAGGACGAGGACGAGGUCGAGGACGAGGUCGAGGUCGAGGUCGAAGACGAGGAAAAGGAGGAGGAACAGGAUGAAGAGGAGAAGGAACAGGAGGAGGGAAAGGAGGGAGAUUUGAGGUGGGAUGCGAUGGAAGCACAGGGGGAAGGAGGAGGAGAGAAGGAUGCAGACAAGUCAGCGUCUGCAGCAGGGGCCGAUGAAAGCUCUGUCGAGAUCAGCCUGUCGGAGUCAGAAGAAGGGAAGGAGCACGGAGGGAUGGCAAAGAUGCUGUCCGAGUACAAGAGUAAGCUGACGGUGCUGACGGCAAGGAUGGGCCCUCUGCUCAUGUCGCAGAUCAACCAGGGAUGGAAUCUGAUGUACAAGGAGGACAGUCCCAAGAGCGAGCAGCUGGGGUUUCCCAGGCUGCGAGAUCUGCUGUUGGCGCUUCCUGACUGCGUGAGACUGGAAUGGGAUCGAGAGGCCAACGACUACGUCGUGUUCUUACGACAUCCCAAGGACAAGGCUGAAAGCAUAAUCAAACUAAAGGAGCAGGGAGAUGCCUCGAACGAGGAGAGCGACGGAGGAGUAGGAGCAGGAAGGUUGUUACGCCCGUCACGGCAGGAUGGGGAUGUCAUGUCAUUGUCGCCUGAAGUGACGGAAGAUGAUGGGGAACGGGAGAGAAAGAACAACCAGGUGUUUCAGAAGCUGGGCAAGAUGGAAGAUGAUUUGAAAUGCUUGCUGGAUGAAAUCGACAACAAGCAGGAGGAGGAGGAGUGGGGAGGGACAAGAUUGAGAGCAAGAGUGGGAAAACUUGCUGAGCUUGUCAAAGGUUCUCGUGCAAAGGAGGAGGUCAAGGAGGUCAAGGAGGUCAAGGAGGUCAAGGAGGUCAAGGAGGAGAAGCAACAGCAUCUACAACUACAGGGAUUGCUUGAGAAGGAGAAGAGUCUUGAGCAGCAGCAGCGGCAGGAGCAUCGGAAGCAGCAGGAGAAAGCGCUGGAACGGGGACGGUGGCAGAGGCAGGCAGUUGAAGUGGAGGGCACGGAGGUAGUGCACCAACGGCUAGGGGGGGAUCAGAAAGUAGAAGCGCUGAAAGCUUGCCUGUCCAAGAUGCAGGAGGGACUGAAGCUAUACUUCGAUGCUGCUCAGCAAGCGCUGGAGACAUUCUGCCGUUCGGAUGAGGGAGGAGGAGGAGAGGUAGAGAGGAGAGUGGUUCGUCCCUACCCGAAGGAGGGGGAGGAGAGGGAGGGAAGAGGGGAGAAGAGGGAGCAAGGGAGGAGGGACGCGGGCAGGAGCGGAGAGACAGAGCGAGGACUAGUGCGGAGUGUCAGGAAGGACAAGUCGAUCCGGGAGUUCUUCAUGGAGGAGCUUGCGGAUUUGUCUGCUGCUUACUCCGUCUUGGGAGUCCCGAAGAAUCUGACGAUAAGGGAGGAGGAGGGAGGAGAGAGGAGCAGCUGA